UUACGUGCUGCCAUGGCAGCGUGACGAGGGGAUGUUGGACUGCCAGGCAGGACUGGAGGUUGAGCCAGUGCGCAUGGGCACUCGCCAGGGGAUGACGGCGGCGGAGAUUGCAGAGCAGGUUGCGCUUAUUACGCGCGAUCCUAUCGGGUCUUCUGCACCACCAUCCGCUGAUGCCGUUUUUGAGAGACCGCCCAUCCCCGUCUCGCCUCUUCAGCCGGCCACUACACAUGAGACGGAGGAGUUGGCAUCCUCCUUGCCUCCGCCGGGGGUUUUGCAGAGAUCGACGGUGGUUCGACAACUGAGGUUACGAUCACCUUCCCCGGGGGUAUUACAGGAGGAGGGGGAUGUGGCAACAACAGCGCAGGAGGCACCAGCAAUCUCGACAACAAGGGAGGAGGUGCCAGCACAGGGGAUGGCUGAGGAGGAGGUAGCGGCAGCGAGGCCGCAGGAGGCCGUUCCUAUGGAUCAUGACGGUGUAGGCACCGAUAAGCAGCUCGUGCGGUGCUUCAUCACGGUGGAGGUCGAUCCAGUCGUACGGGGUUUUACCCGGGGGGCGGCGAUGGAGCUGGGGAUUUCUGCUCCCAUAGGGGGGGCGGGGUCAGAGAUGGGGACGCACUUCGACUUCGACUUGUCGAUGGGCCCUCCACCUACUUGCGGCGGGGCGACAUCGACGGAUCGGGCGCCAUCACGGGACGACGCAGCUGACGCGACGGAGACACAGACCCUGAUGGAGAGUACGCAGGCAGAGUCUCCAGAUACAGCACGCGACAUCAUGAAGCGAGAGAGGGAUCGACUUAUGGCAUUGAGUAACCCACGUGCUCAGGCGUUCGCAUGGGCCUUGGAGGAGGCCAGGCGUCGAGAGACUAAGGGGGAUGGUGUGCAGGGUGGGGUGGUGGCUAGGGAGGACGUUAUGGAGGGAGUAGCAGCAGAGGCGGACAAUGAGGCUAUACAGGGUGGGCCAGAGGCAGUGGAUGUUCCUGUGGAUCGCCGUCCACAAGCGGCGGAUGAGGCUGGCCGACAGCCGCAGCCGGUUCAGGUGGUAGUGCAUGGUGUGCCACCGCCUGUUAUCACGGAUAUGGGGUCCGAGCCGGUGGUGGUGCCUCCACGUCCUCCUAGUCCCUUUGCUCCGCAGGAGGUCCAUUGUCCUUUGGAUGCAGAUAAGUUGGCGAGAGAUGUUGUGCGUGAUGUUAAUCGAUUGGACCGACGGAUCUUUGACAGGAGGCUCGAGCAUCCAGCAUGGGGUCCUGCGUCGGCCGUGUGGUCUGGGUCUACCUCCACCGGAGGACGUACUGCGGGAGAUGUUCCAGGGGUUUCGAGUGGUGUGCAGGAGACAGUGCCACAUACAGGAGACAUGCCACCCCCUCCUCCUAGACCACCCGUAGGCGAUCCAUCAUCGUCGCCCACAGGCAGAGGCUCUCGAUCCCCACAGACGCCCGGGAGAUCGAGGAUUCGUGACACGACAGCAGUUCUGCGGGACGUGUGUGACACGUCCAUAUUCGGGAGGACAGACAUAGAUUUGGAUUCUACCCACCAUGUCACGGAGCACACUGCACGCCUUCAGCCGGGCUUGGGAGGAGUUGGCGCCAGGAUGACCGCAGCGAGGGAGGUGCCAGCAUCCGGUUGUGAGCCUCAGCGAGGUCGUGGUAGAGGACUGUCCGCCGACACCUUGGAGCACGCUCUCAGAGCAGCGACGCGUGCUGUGCAGGAGCAGACUCCGCGCAAGCGUGGAGUGCCUCCUCGUCCUCGCCCUGUGGAUGUAGAGGGUGGUGCUGCGCUUGGAGAGAGUUCGGGGGUGGAGGGGUUGGGGAUGCCUCUUGGAUCCCGCCAUCAGCAGACGGUUGGUGAGGCUAGUGCGAGGGUUGUUUUGUUGAGGAAGGGAGGAGGCCCUGUCACUAUUGAGGAGGAUGAUCCUGAGACAGAUGCGGCAGUGAGGGAGGAGGACAAGGACUACGAGGGCGAGGAGGAGGGUGAGGAGGAGAGCGAGAUCGGUUCCGGCGGUGACGACGACUACGGCGACGAUGGGCCCCCAGGCCCCCCACCUCCCCCGCCGACGCGUGCAUCUAGACGGUCCGCUGCGCAGACUUCUUCGUCCGCACGAGGGAGGAGGAGGUCGGCAUCUGGCACUCGAGGGGGUGCGAGGAGAGGGAGCGGGAAGGGGAAGAAAGGUCGUUGACCGUGAGGCCAGCACUCCUUUUUUCCCCUACUCGCACCGUUCUUCAUCAUGUUGUGAG